GGAAACUGGAAACUGGCCUCACGUGAAACCAUCAAAAGGUCACGUGAUGUUGAAUGACGUAAUGGCUGGUGCAAGCGCAUCCCGUCACGAGGGGUCCGGGCAUUCCUGGCCGGGCGCGGGGGGUCACAAGGGCCCGCGGUGGCGUCACAUGAUGUCAUUCCACACUUGGGUCCCAAGUGAGGAGCGAGAAGCAGCUCGAGUCAGCCUGGAAACUGCGCCAGAGUGUGGAUAGGACUGCACGCGCGUGAGUGUGUGACACCAUGAAGGUGACUUGCGAGGAGGUGACGCACUUGGAGCUCCCCAUGGCGGUCUACGACGAGAACAUCGCCAAGAACCCGUUCUUUGUGGCCCUGGAGAAGCUCAGGCCGGACCUCUGCGAGCGCGUGGCCCGGCUGCACGGCAUCGUUCUGGUCCCGUGCUGUGGAAGUCUCGAAGGCAGCAUGGUGUCGCAGCUUCACUUUGACAGCUACGUGGUUCAGCCCGUGGAGGACGGAUACCAGACGGCAGACGGAAAGGAGGUCCGGAUCCUGGACAGGCAGGUCCUGUUGGGGUCCGGCCUGCCGCCGCCGGUGUCGGUCCCCAUCCUCUUUGAAGAAACUUUCUACAACGCCAAGGAGGAGAGCUACAGCAUCUUGUGCAUCUCCAGGCCGGUGGACGCGGCGGAGCCGGGUCCGGGCCCGGAGGCGGCGAGGCGCCACCUCAGGAGCCUGGAAGAGGUCAAGGAGUUCCUGGGCCGCCACAGCCACAAGUUGGACAAACUCAUCGGAAACUUCUGCCACGCCUUCAAGGAGCACGACAGGAAGGGACUCAGGCACCACAUAGACUCGGUUCACGGCCUUUACACGCGGUGUCUUCAGUGUGUGCUGCGAGACGCUUGCCUGAAGGUGCUGGCCAAGCGGGAGCUCCAAAUGAGUCUUCUGAAACAAGCGGUGGAGGUGUACGUCCAUCACGGCAUCCACUCGCUGAUCUUCAACCUGGUGGGGACGCUGGAAGCCAGCCAGGACGCCGCCUUCAACAAGAUCACCAGGAGCCUUCACGAGCUGCAGCACAAAGACGUCGGCGUCAAAGCGCACCUCAGCAUCAACUUGUCUGCCGCCAAACGGGAGCUGAGUCAACUCAACCAGCAGACGUCGCCGCUCCUCAAGCUGCUUUGCCUGCGCAAAGUGGCCUUGACCGCCACCCGCACGCCGUCCCGCGCAGUCAGCAUGGAAGCGGUGUGCGCCGACGACCUGCUGUCGGUCAUCCUCUACCUGCUGGUCAAGAUGGAAAUUCCCAACUGGAUGGCCAACCUGAGCUACAUGAGGAACUUCUGCUUCAGUCAGUCCAGCAAAGACGAGCUGAGUUACUGUCUGAGCACCUUCGAGGCGGCCGUCGAGUACAUCAAGCUGGGAAAGCUGCAGCACGUGCUCGCGGGUUGCGUCGAUGCGAACGGCGAGGUGCGAAUGAACGUGGAGCUGGCGAGCGCCUCGACGCCCAUCAGCCGAUUGUUCGAGCACGUCGCCAACGGGAACGAGGCGGAGGUGGAGCGUCUGCUGAGCGAAGGCGAGAGCGAAGAGGACGCGCGGCCGUGUCAUCCUUUGUGCGCCUGUGACCUCUGUGACCUUCAACUGUCCGGGAAGCUGAACGACCCGUCCGUCGUCACGGCGUCCUCCAGAGACGAGCGAGGGUACACGCCUCUGCACGUCGCCGCCAUCUGCGGUCAGGCGCAGCUGAUUGCCCUUCUGGUGUCCCAAGGCCUGCUGCUGUUGCACUACAAGGCGGACGCGGACGCUCAGGACAACAACGGCAACACGCCGCUGCACCUGGCGUGCAUGUACGGACACGAGGACUGUGUGAAGGCGCUGGUCUACUACGACUUCCAAACGUGCUGCCUGGACCUGCACAACGACAAAGGCGACACGCCGCUGCACUUGGCGUCGCGCUGGGGCUACGAGGCCAUCAUCCGCGUUCUGCUGGAGAACGGCGCCGGCGUGCGCGCGCUCAACAACAGCGCGCACACGCCCGUCCACUGUGCCCUCAACUCAAAGGUGCUGACGUUGCUGCAGGAGGCCCAAGAGCAGCGCUGCAGGAAUGGCGGCGGCGGCGGCAGCGGCUCUCAGUCCCCGGCGCGGGUUUGCCCUCAGGCGUCCGAGCGCAGCGCUCGGCGUUCGUCCACGUCCAGCGGCACCUCGUCCUCGCCGGACCGGGAGCUCCCGCCCGAGAGCGCGCCGGCGCGACAUCGCCAGGUGGAGAAGCUGCUGCGGGCGGUGGCAGACGGAGACGUUCAAAUGGUGCGUUACCUGUUGGAAUGGACGGACGAGGACGAGGCGGACGCGUUGGCCGAGGCGUCUCUGUGUCAUCCUCUGUGUCAAUGUACGACGUGCGCGCCCGCCCACAAAGCGCGCGCAGUUCCGUGCGGCGCGUUGAGCGCGAAGAGCGCCAACGCGGACGGCGUGACUCCCCUCCACGUGGCCUGCACGUACGGCCGCGCGGAGCUGACGUCGCUUCUCGUCCGCCACGGCGCCGACGUGGACGCGCGCACCGACCGCAAGGCCACGCCCCUUCACCUGGCCAGCCAGAACAACCACCUGCAGGUGGUGAAGUUCUUGCUGGAGUGCAACGCCAAGCUCAACAAGAAGGAUCGCUACGGCAACACGGCCUUGAUACACGCCUGUCUCCACGGCAACCUGGACACCGCCGCCACACUCAUCCAGAGCGAGGCGCUGGUGAACGUGCGCAACCGUCAGGGCAACACGGCGCUGCACUGCGCCGUGCGGGCCGGUCACCAGGGGCUGGUGGAUAUCCUGCUGAAGGCCGGAGCCUCCCCGCACCUGCUGAACAAGAAACACCGGACGCCUCUGGAUGCCGCGUACCAGCAAGGCGGAAAGAACACGGAGAUUGUGCGAUCGCUCCAGAAGGCGUCGGGACUUUCGCCGGAUGACGAGCCCAUUAAACUGCUCUCCGUGCCCAAAGGCGCUCUGGCUCACUCCUUCGUUCAGCGCCUGAGACACAACGAUGCCGCUCGCCACAAGUCGGCUGCCAGCAGCCGGACGCCUCUGGAUGCCGCGUACCAGCAAGGCGGAAAGAACACGGAGAUUGUGCGAUCGCUCCAGAAGGCGUCGGGACUUUCGCCGGAUGACGAGCCCAUUAAACUGCUCUCCGUGCCCAAAGGCGCUCUGGCUCACUCCUUCGUUCAGCGCCUGAGACACAACGAUGCCGCUCGCCACAAGUCGGCUGCCAGCAGGAUUCAGCAGACGAAGAACGCUUCCUGCAGUCCGACUCGGCGUUCGGCUGCACCCGAGCAGCUGAUGUGGGUGCAGGCGAGUCCCAAUGUGAGGCGGCUGCGGCGCGGCGGCACAGUGGACGCCGUCGGCCCAACCGCGAGCUCCGACGGCAGUCCCUGCUCGAGGGGGCGGGGCCUGGCCCGCUGGCACACGCUGGACUCGGGAGAGGAGGCGCCGCAGCCGCCCAUCAAGGGGCACGCGCGGACGAGACGUCGCCACGACGACGAUGACGCGCAGCCCGUCUUUGUGAUGACGUCAUCAUUCUCAAACGGACAGACGCCGAAUGCCGCCGUGACGGAACAGUCAGACGACGACGACGCCUGCCGUGAUGUCAUAUCGGGUUUAGUUGCAAGCUCCAUUCGACAUGUGAACACGCCCCGCCUCCAAGACGCACCCAUUUCUAGUGACGUGUCUGCCAUCAAAGACACGUCCCUCUCCGGUGACACGUCCCUCAUCAAAGACGCACCCCCUACUCGGGACACGCCCAAUUCAAGUGAUAAAUCCCGCAUCCAGGACACGCCUGUUUCUAGUGACGCGCCUGACAUCAAAGACACACGCCUUGUCCGUGACGAGUCCCUUUCCAGUGAGAACUUGGACUGCAGUGAAACACCCCACGUCCAAGACACGCCCAUUCUUGGUGUCACGUCCAACAUCAAAGACACGUCCCUCUCCUGUGACGUGCCCCUCAUCAAAGACGCACCCCGCACUUGGGACACGCCCAAUUCAAGUGACGUACCCCGCAUCCAAGACACGCCUGUUUCUCGCGAUGUGCCUGACAUCAAAGACACGCCCCUUGUUCAUGACGAGUCCCUUUCCAGUGAAAACUUGGACUCCAGCGAGACGCCCCGCAUCCGAGAUACGGCCAUUUCCAGUGUCACGUCCGACCUCAAAGACGCGUUCGACUCCCGUGACAUGUCCCUCAUCAAAAACACACGCCGCACUGGGGACACGCCCAACUCCGGUGACAUCCACCAAGACACUCCCGUUUCCGGUGACGCGUCCGACAUGAAAGGCAACUCGAGCCAAGUGUGAAGGAACGUCUGCUCGCAAUCUCAACAUUUGGCAGGGCGUGCGUGCAUGCGUGCGCACGGGUGUGUUCAGCCGGCGGGUGGGAAAGACGCACGCGUGUGAUGCUCCCAAACAGGAAGUUGU